AAUUCCGACGAGCAGCGCACGACGUUCAGCUCCGAACGGACCCACGAGGCAGCAAGGAAGAGAACGUACAGUAGUUAGAGAACCUUAGCAGCCGCGUGAACAGUCAGCCAAGAUGCCCCAGCAUGAGCAUAUGGAGAUGCACCGCAAGCGCCACGGCGUGCGCAUGGAUGCCGCCGAGAAGAAGCGCAAGAAAGAGGCGCGUGAGGUACACCGCCGCUCACAGUUUGCCCAGAAGGUACACGGCUUGCGCGCCAAGCUGUACAACCAGAAGCGCUUCAAGGAGAAGGCCGCGAUGAAGAAGACGCUGGCACUGCAUAACGAGCGUACGAACAAGCACGCUAACGACGACGAGAUCCCGGACGGCGCCGUGCCUUCGUAUCUGCUGGACCGUGAGGGCGUCUCGCGCGCUAAGGUGCUGAGCAACACCGUUAAGCAGAAACGAAAGGAGAAGGCUGGCAAGUGGGAUGUACCGAUCCCCAAGGUCAAGCCUAUUGCCGAUGACGAGAUGUUCAAGGUGCUGCGCUCGGGCAAGCGCCGCAACAAGGCGUGGAAGCGUAUGAUCACGAAGGCCACGUUCGUCGGCGAGAACUUCACGCGCAAGCCUCCAAAGUACGAGCGAUUCAUCCGCCCCAGUGCCAUGCGCUUCAAGAAGGCCCAUGUCACGCACCCGGAGCUCAAGACCACCUUCCAGCUGGACAUUCUUGGUGUCAAGAAAAACCCGCAGAGCCCGCUGUACACUCAGCUUGGCGUUAUGACCAAGGGUACUAUCAUCGAGGUGAACGUGAGCGAACUCGGCUUGGUAACCACGUCCGGUAAAGUCGUGUGGGGCAAGUACGCCCAGAUCACGAACGUGCCCGAGAACGAUGGCUGCAUCAACGCCGUGCUGCUCGUCUAAUUGCCGUUAUUACUAUAGAUACCUUGCAAUCAUAUAUCUCUUCAAAACGCAUACUCUCUCCAUUGUCAC